AUGCGUACCUACGACGAUACCUUCAGCGGCCAGAAAAUAUACCCGGGCAAGGGCAAGCUCUACGUCCGCGGUGACAGCAAGAUCUUCCGAUUCCAGAAUGGCAAGACGGAGAGUCUGUUCCUGCAGCGCAAGAACCCGCGUCGGAUCGCCUGGACGACUCUCUAUCGGAGGCAGCACAAGAAGGGUAUCUCUGAGGAAGUCGCGAAGAAGCGUAGCCGCCGCACCGUCAAGCACCAGCGCGCCAUCGUCGGUGCCUCCCUCGACGUGAUCAAGGAGCGCCGCGCCAUGCGCCCCGAGGCCCGCUCCGCCGCCCGCGCCCAAGCCAUCAAGGAGGGCAAGGAGAAGAAAGCCGCCGCCGAGUCCAAGAAGAAGGCCGAGAAGGCAAAGUCCGCCUCCGCCGCCGCACGCGGCCAGGCCCAGAAGAUUGCCAGCAAGCAGGGUGCCAAGGGCGCUGCGCCCAAGGUGCAGGCGAGGACUCGUUAAGGCGAUCGGUGAUGUGGUGGGGCGACGGAGUUUUUUCCCGGGGGUAUACGCUUUCUUUCCUGAGAGAAGGGUUGCUGCAUGGGCGGAAAAGGGAUGCGGAUGGGAUGAUGGCAUGCUUCAUCUUCUUUCUGGACCAAGGGGCCCGAUACCUGCAUCAAUAUAGGGUCUGGCAAUAGGGCAAAUGCAAUUCAUGUCCUUACGAUAAUGCAAGAUUGCGUGCACAGGACCCGAUACCACACCUCACUCCGCGAAGCGCCCACUCAAUAAUAUGGUGAGGGAAACCGAGUAUGAAGCUCUAGCGGGCAGCAUCGCUUGGUAGUAGUAUCUCAAUUGAG